UACAGACUCACGGUGAAACAGCCCACCAGUGGAUGUGGGCCUUUUGCAGCUCAGUGGGAGGAGCGUUCAGACGGGGAUUAGUGCGCUGGCACCUCUGCGUGCGCUCCGGGACCAGGUCAAGUAUCUUGGUUACUCAUUUAGGACCGUACUGGUCUGGAAGAGGAGGAAAACGAUGGAGCUGUGACCGAGACGGAGUGUGUUUUUAAUCCCUGAGAGGACAUACCGAGUGUGUGUUCGUGUGUUUGUGGUUCAACCUGCUGCUCGACGCCGCUCAAACUACACUGCUGUGCGCUCUUUCCGUCCAAGCGGAGGAUCCGUCUGACGGUUAUUUUGAGCAAGUAGAGCAGUGUCUGUGGAGCGACCGUGGGCUCUCCCUCUGUGUGACGUGACAGCAGGACAAGAAUGAGGUCCUUGUCUGCGAUCCGUCCCUGUUGAAGAUGGUUCAGCAAAGGUCCUCUGUCAUUAUCCUUCCUCCUGUGGUUAUGGUUGCACCCAGUAAGCAGUCAGGAACGUCCUCCUUCUCCUGUCUAUGACAUGGUUUAAUCCACAUAUGAUCCGGUCACCAUGAUGGCCUCCAUGGUUGCCAGUGGAAACCAAGAUGGGCAGUCUCUGGUCUUGAAAGGGGUGGAUCCAGAGACCUGCAUGAUUGUGUUCAAGAACCACUGGGCUCAGGUGGUGAAGAUCCUAGAAAAGCAUGAUCCCCUGCGAAGCAGCUCCACCCUACCCUCCCUCAGUGUCAUCAACCUCAGCGCUGGCUCCAGUGGAGGCCCACGUUUCUACCCGAUACCCGGAGACGAGGCAAACGCGGUACAGAACUAUGUGGAGCACAUGCUGUUCCUGCUGAUGGAGGAGAAGAGCGGUCAGGCCGGCGCUAUGGGCCCCAUACUGGAGUUUGUGGUGAUGGAGAAUGUGAUGGAGCGUCUCUUUGUGUGGAGCCUCCGCAGGGAGUUCACAGAUGACAUGAAGCUGGAGCAGCUAAAGAUGUAUGAGAUGCUGGUGGGCCAGGCGCACCAGCCUCUGCUGCAUCACAAGCCCAUCCUGCGGCCGCUCAUGAUGCUGCUGUCGUCCUGUUCGGGUACCACAGCGCCACAGGUCGAGGCCGAGCUGGUGCUCCUGUUAAACCAGCUGUGCUGCGUUCUGGCAAAGGACCCUUCAGUUUUGGAACUGUUUUUCCACACCAGCGAGGAUCAGGGAGCCACCAACUUCCUCAUCUUCUCCCUGCUCAUCCCCUUCAUCCACAGGGAAGGCACAGUGGGCCAGCAAGCCAGAGACGCGUUGCUGCUCAUUAUGUCGUUGUCCGCUGAGAACGAGCGAGUGGCCAAACACAUCGCAGAGACUACCUACUUCUGUCCGGUGCUGGCCACAGGGCUGAGCGGCCUGUACUCCAGUCUGCCCACGAAGCUGGAGGUUCCCAAUGAGGAGUGGCACUGCCUGCACAAAGAGGACUGGCUCCAGAUGCCGGCCCUCGUCCAGUUUCUCAACUCGCUGGAGUUCUGCAACGCUGUAAUUCAGGUGGCCCACCCUGAUAUCAGAGACCAGCUAGUUGGAUACAUCUACAACGGAUUCCUCGUGCCUGUCCUAGCACCAGCUCUCCACAAGCUGACCUUAGAGGAGGUAAUGACCACCACGGCGUACCUCGACCUCUUCCUGAGGAGUGUAACUGAGCCGGCCCUGCUGCAGACUUUCCUCUCCUUCAUCCUCCUCCACCAACAUGAGGGCGUCCACAUUUUAGAUACUCUGGUCAGCCGCAUCAACACUCCUUUUCAGCUAGGCACUGUGUCUCUGGCACUUUUCCGCACUCUCAUUGGCUUGUACUGUGAAGAUGUGAUGCUGCAGCUCAUAUUGAGGUACCUGAUCCCCUGUAAUCACAUGAUGUUGAGUCAGAGACGUGUGGUGAGGGAGAGGGACUGCUACUCGGUGUCAGCAUCCAAGAUCCUGGCAUUAACGCCGUCCUGCUGCUCUCCUGAUCACAGCCCCCCGCCCCUCCGACAGUUGGACUCCAUCCUCUUUUCCAAGGGUGCAGAGGCUCCCAGCAGCAGCAGUGCCACGGAGAAAAACGGAGGCUUCUCUGAAGGGGAUGAUGGCUCAGGUAACUCCUGCACAAUCGGCUCGGAAAUCUACCUGGAUGUCAGUUAUCUCCAUUACCUCUACGACGCCCGUCUGAGCAUCAGCAGCUGCCUACGGGCCUGCCAGGUUUGGUCAGCCCCGUACGACGGCGAGGACCCGCCGCCUGAGAAAUAUCAGCCCGGCAUCCUUGAAGAACCAGGGCUGAAGAGUCGGCAAACACAGAUGGCUCUCAAGAGAGUUCCUCAGCCUCCAGUGCCGUGUCCUCCAACCUGCUCCCAGUCAAAUACAGAACAGCCAUCCAACAACCAGCUGGAGCUGGAGUGGGAUGAUAGUUACGAUGCGUGCCCGGUUCAGACUGCUGAGGCUCCUACAGAGAGUAAACCUUCACUGGAGCCACCUGCUGAGCCCCCAAAGCACAUCCAGGAGAUGAGGAAAACAGCCAUCAUGUUGGUAAAAGGCUCAUAUAUUGAGGAAAAUGAGUUCCAGGAUGACGCCAUGGUUUACGAUCUUGUCGCCAAGAAAGAUGCCCAAGAUGUCAAGCACGGCAAGCUCAAAUCCAGCGGAUCUGAAUCAGAAGAAACCCAACCAGGCUCAACAGAAGUUCCACUAAAAAACGGACUGAAUCUAACACUUCCAAUCUCUCUGAAGGCUGAUAACAGCAAGAAUAACUCGGACUCAAAGGCCAAAGGUCACACAGAUUGUAACUCCAACCUCCAAAACAACACUGCUCAUGAGGUUGGCGGUGACCUUUUGGCUCAGUAUGAGGAGCUCAUUCGUACUUGGGACACUGCAGCAGGUGGAAAACAGGUCAAAACUGAUGGAGAGUUGAAGAAGCCUGUCACACCUGUGGCGGAGGAGGUGGAGGAGGAAGACAUGGAUUUCACCUCCUUCUCUGCUGAAACACCAGAGCCAGAGAAAUUGCAUUCACCAUUUGGGAAGUUUUUCAGUGGAAGUGCAGGUAGAAGUCAUUCAGUGCCUUUUACAGGUCCAUUUGUCAGUGUGCUGUUGUCUCGUAUGGAGAACAUGCUGUCCAACUCGCUUCAUGUCAACUUGUUGUUGACGGGCAUCCUGGCCCAGUUGGCAGCCUACCCUCAGCCUCUCCUGCGCUCAUUCCUCCUCAACACCAACUUGGUCUUUCAGCCAAGUGUUCGCUCCCUUUACCAGGUACUGGCCACUGUCAAGAUCCAGAUUGAAGCGGUGGCUGCCACCAGAAAAGACUUUCCCGAGAUGAUCACUGCAGCCCAACACUGGCUGCUGGCCAGGGAGACUUUGUCCAUGGCUGCUGACAAAAGCAGCAGCAGACUGUCCACCCACGGCGAGACUGGAAGGCUCUUGAAGAGUUCGCCACCACCUAAACCUAAAGCCAUCUCUCUGGAUCGGACAGAAGUCUUCGCUACCGUCCUCUUCACCGAGUUCCUCAAGGAACUGGCUGCCAUUGCACAAGAGCACUCCAUCUUAUCAUACAUUCCUAUGGAAGAGUGAUCUUGUCCCAGUAGGCCUCCAUGACGAGUCCAACUUAACUUUUAAAGAUAUUAAGACUUAAUUUUACAAUGGUUUUCUAUUUUUGGUCAUUUUCUGACACUACUUGAUGAAGAAAACCUUAGAUCAAGUGAUUUAUGCAACUAUUUAAAAAAAAACAAAAAAAAAACAUGAUAGCAUAUUUAUUUUCCAAGCAAAGAUAAUCAAUUUCAUGUGCUUUUCAGUUUCAUCUUAGUGUUUCUGUAAAAUGGGUUUGGCAGCCAGGAAGGAGGUCCAGACUUUCAGCUAAAACUUAACCUGUUCACUGAAGCCUCCACUGGCUAAUAAUGUUCAUAUGAGUGAGCUCCAGGUCCACCAACCAAAGACUGUAAAGUGAUGAUUUUAACAAAAACAGCAUUCUUUAGCAAUCAGCCCUUAUCUGAACUUCAGGGUCCUGCCUUCUUUUUGAAUGUCUUCUAGAACCAGCUCCAGAUGUCCACUUCUCCUUGUGGUCCUGUUAAAUACUCAGGUGGCCUUUCCAGAUAGCUGUUGCCUCUCUUUUCUAUUGGAUCACACGCACACACCGUGACCACGUGGAGCCUCUGCUGCUUUGAGAGGACGGGGCGUUUAGAUUAGCAGCAAAUGUCGUUUGAAGUUAACUGUUGUAGCUGAUUGGCAGAAGGGCUGGCAUAAUCACUCUGAUCUUUUAUUCUCUGUUCUUAUGCAAAUGUUACAUGACUAGAUUUUUUUUGGGCAAAACAAGUUGUCCGCUUUUGCCUUUAAACUUUACAACGAGGGGUUUCCACAAAAUCUCUGUGUUAGAUGUACAUUGCUUUUUCUUUUCAUUUGUGACGGUACCUCAGGAGAUUUUUAAUGCACGUUCUGUUCUUAAAUGGUCUUUGGUUUGAGCAUUUUUCCUCCAGUGCACUGGUUUCUCACAAUAAUGGGCUCCACCUGUUCUCCAAAUCAGAGCACCAAAACCAGAAUGCUAUAUUUAAUUUGCCUUACUUUAGUGUUGCUUUGUAAUGUACAUAUCAUAAGAAACAUGUUCUAAUGACAUAGAACACUAUGCAAAUCAACAAUAUUUUGGGUAUGAUUAACUUUUUCAGACUGGGAAGGGGUAUUUAAGCUUUUGAGAGUUUCUAUUGCCAUUUUUUUUUUUCAACAUGGUUAUACUAGAAGUUAGCUGUUAUAGUUUGUCAUCAUCUUACAUUUAGGGAUUGCAUAUGGUGUUGUAUUUAGUUGUGAUGAGUGUGUUCAAGUUUUGCAUCUGUUGAAAACCAUCUCGGAUUGUAACGGUUACCGAGGGCAAACUGCUGGAAAUCGCCUUUGUUUUAGUCCAGGUGUUGCACAUUGUUGUUAGAAUGAGAUAAUGUAAGAGAAGUAUUUUGUUACAGAGCAUGCGCCUACUGUCUAAAUGAAUUUACCAGAACAGAAAUACUUAAAAAUAGGUGCCUGAAUUAUGAUUGUAGUUCACAUCCUUGCCUGAUUUUGAAUGGAUUUACUCAGGAGUAACACAAAAUGUCACAGUUUAAGCUUAAAAGUUGUAGUGACUUAAAGAAAAUGCUAAGUUGAAGAUGUCCAUUCUCAAAGCAUAAAGGAAAGGCCGUAGGGACUGAAUCCAUUGUUUCAUCCCUUUAUUUCUGAUAUGUUCUGUUUCACACUAAUUUAACUUCACAGAAGACACCAGCACUGCUUUCAAAAAGAAUGCGUUUCUUGGUAAAACUCAAAUUUCACCACCAUUUACAACUCAGAUGAUGAAGAUGCAGAACAUUUUUUUAAAAAACUGUUGUACAAGUUUUAUUAGAUUCUGAAUUUUAUAUUGAAAAAUGUCAGAAAUGGUUAGAGCUCUUUAUGCAGAACUGAUGUUUUUUCGGUAACAAAAACAUUCUGAUCCAGACUGACAUAAUGGACUGUGAAACUAUGCUAGGUUAAAUAAUGUCAUCAUCUCAUAAAUCCAGCUAAUAGACAAAGAAUUCAGUCAACAAAUUAUGCAGUAGGAUCUGUUUGUACUUUUAACAAAAAAAGAGUCUUGGAAAUGUAUAUUUGUAUCAGUCAAAGCCACUUGUUGAAUAUGUCUCUUUCUGGUACAGGAAUGUUUCAGAGCACUUUAUCAGCCUUCUCAUAUUGCAGUGACCCUCUGCACUGCUGACACAGACCCUGAACCAGCACAGAUUCAGUCUCUGUAACAUACCUAGCCCAGUAUAACAUCACUGUUUCAGCAAUAUUGCGGCAUAAAGGCAGGUAUUAUAACCAAAAUUACCAACCAACUGUCUCAGUUUCUUAAUCAAAAGAUUCAUCUUCUCCUGACACUGUGUGGCCUCAGUUUUCUGUUCAAGAUGUGAUCAGGUUUCUGUUUGUCGCUGAUGUCGGAGACUCAAAGGCAUGUUUUUUUUUUAAUAAAGAAAACUUCUAGUAAAUGAAA